ACGAAUGCAAUCGAUCGAUUGAAAGACGAACAGCACAGUAAAAACAACCUAAAAAUGAGAUGUUGUUAUCGCACAACUCUUAAAGAAGUGCAACGCGGUGCAACGUUUUAAGUUGGCGACACUGAUCGUACAACAGCAAAUAGCACCAUAACCUUCAAGAUAAAUCGUGAAACGUUAAUCCAUUGAGAUGGUUGACGAGACGACGAAGAAGACUUUGAGUAAUAUUCCGUUAUUGCAAACGAAAGCUGGCCCCAGAGACAAGGAUUUAUGGGUGCAGAGAUUAAAAGAAGAAUAUCAAGCUCUGAUUAAGUAUGUCAAAAAUAACAAAGAAGCAGAUAAUGACUGGUUCCGGCUGGAAUCAAACAAGGAAGGCACUAAGUGGUUUGGCAAAUGCUGGUACAUUCAGAAUUUCCUGAAGUAUGAAUUCGAGAUAGAAUUUGAUAUUCCCAUCACAUAUCCCACAACAGCACCUGAAAUUGCUUUACCAGAAUUAGAUGGUAAAACUGCAAAAAUGUAUAGAGGUGGUAAAAUCUGCUUGACUGAUCACUUCAAACCAUUGUGGGCUCGCAACGUUCCCAAGUUCGGCAUUGCUCAUGCAAUGGCUCUUGGUUUGGGACCAUGGCUAGCAGUAGAAAUUCCAGAACUUAUAGAAAAGGGUAUUGUAGUUCACAAGGACGAGGAAAAGAAAUCAUGAAAUGACAAUGGCAGAAAUAACAAAAUGCGAAUGUUGAAUAAGUUAAUUUUUUAUCAUUCAAAAGGAAGAGUUUAUACAUGUUAAGUUUUUACAUACGGUAUAGAGUAUUAUUUACAUUGUUCAAGGCGCGAUCAAAUAAAGACUAUUUAAUAC